GACCGAGAAUUAAUAUCCGAUUAAAUUUUUCAUAUGAUCUGUAAUAUAUCAAGAUAGGAAGAUGGCAACUCAACCAGCAGAGAAUAAUUUGGUCUCAGAUGUAAAAUCACCAUUUGUUGAAAGUGGCUCUUGCUCUGACGAGAUAGUUUUGAUGUUUGAUGACAGGAGUGAACUAUUUGUGUCGCAAAACUUCCUCAGCUAUGCAUCGCCUGUGUUUGAGGCAAUGUUUCAAAAAGGUUUUAAGGAGAUUGAGGAAAGGGUUGUAAGACUUAGAGGCAAGGAUAGUGAAGAGAUGCUGGAAUUAUUGAAAUGUUUACACCCGUCUAUCCUGACACCAGUUGACCGAACAAAUGCCUUACGUUUGCUGGCAUUAGCCGAUGAAUACCAGAUGUCUGUUAUUAAAGAAAGAUGUGAAAAAGUACUUUUUGACUGGCUUCAAACGGAGAGAGGUGCAGUCUCUAACUCAAGCGGAGUGUCGUCUUCAAGACGUUAUCAAAGAGCCGAGGUGUGUCUAAAGAUACUAACUCUAGCAAUCAUGGUAAAUCACGAUAGUUUAUUGAAAGCUGCAAAAUCUGUUCUCUCCGUAUGCCGAUUAUAAGGCAUUUACCGGCGUUUACUUUACGUCGGGUUACGAAAAAGCGGGCGAGGACCCUGUAAAGUAUAGAGAAAACUGUGCAAAGUUAUUCGCUGAACUUCCUGAUGAUAUGAAAAUAUCGAUUCUUACGAACAGACUACAAAUGUUCGACAAAGUUAAUUGAACUAGCAAGUACAUUAAGCAUUGAUUUGCUAUAAUUAGCAAAUUGUAACUGAAUUACUAGAAAUAUAUAUAUUAUAUUAAUUUUAUAUUGAAUUAUUCUUACAGAAUUUUGAAACCAGUAGGUAUCAGGGAUGUUCGACGUAUUUUAUCGAUCCUGAACAGACUAAAUAAACCUUCCAUCAUUUUCUUUGUGUGUGCUUUACUCUUCUCACUUUUCCAGAACAUUUAAUUUAUAAUUAUGUAGCUUCAUGCAGUAUAACAGUCAUGUUGCCUUAAGGCAAAAUAUGAAA